AUGUCCCUACCCACGCUUCGGCCUGCCCAAGUGCAGCAGCCACCGCCGACGUAUCUAUCGACUCCGCCACCUACGAGCCCUGCCUACGCGCCGCUCAAGGACGGCCCACCCGGAAGAUGGCCAGCUGCGCCCACGCCUAUACGAAGAUACAACGAUGUAUUGCUCGCGCAGGAGACGGCUGAGGACCGUCGCUUGCAAGCUAGAGCCGACCGGAUAUGGUGGCCAGAGCUGUUCCGGAACCGACCGCUCGACAUCAUCACAGCCUCCGCGAGGCAGCCCGCUCGAGGCCCCAACAGGGACAACGAGGACUAUCUGCUCGGGGCCUGGCGAGGUGUGCCGCAUCGGAGCCCCGCGGCGGCGGAGGCGCGGCUGCGUGUCUUGAUGCGUGCCGUCGACGACGUCUUCGAUCGAGCCGAGGCCACCCUGGCGUCCACGUCCUACCAGUCGCGCUGCUGGCUCACGAGCUACCGGAAGGGCGCGUUUUGGAACCGCCCGCUCCGUAUCACGCCGCGGCGAACGGAGGAGGGCUAUAAAUCGAAGUGGAAGCGCUUCAUCUGCUACAUCUUCCGGGUCCUUGCGCUAGAACCGCGGCAACGCCGGCAGAUAUAUAACGUGCCGUUACGCGCAGAUGACAUCAAGAUGAUGCGCUAUAUCUUAGGCCUCGCAUCGCAGCUCGCGGAGGGAGGGGAGGACGGCGACAACGAGAGCGACAAUGAGAGUGACAAUGAGAGCGACAACGAGAGCGACAACGAGAGCGACAACGAGAGCGAUAAUGACGAGGAAGAAGAGGACGAAGAUAAUGAAGAUACUGAUGGCGAUGACGACGACAAAGACGGCUCACAGGACGAAGGCGAACAGGAAGACGACAAGGAGGAUCACAGCUCGGCUCAGUCUACUUUCCGCCCUCAUAGAGGUACUCGGCUCGAGCUAUCCGAGGCACUCUUCCAGCUCUCGAUGAUGUUCUGGACGUACCAAAGCCAAGACGGGGUAAUGGCCUCGUCGACAAUAAUACAUUUCACGGCGGUUAUGGGAGUCCACCGUUCCUCUCUAGCGUACCGUGACGCAUAUAACUCGACACCGGAUCUCGCAGCCCUCAUAUGGGUAGGGCGGCUAUUCUUCCUCGAGUAUAGCCUGCCGCUAUAUAGCUACGACACCCUCGCGUAUGUCUGGCCGGCCCGACGCACUUACCCAUCGCAGCCAGAACGUCUUGAGGCGAUCCGGGCAAAGUACAUGCUAAGAGGUUGUCAUUCCCCUCUUAGCGAGCUAGUCGAGCUAAAAGCUUUCGGAAAAAGUAUUAUUAGACAGGAAGGUUCUCGGGGUAACUUAACCUGGGCUCUAGACGGCCGCUCGUUCACGAUCGGUGACGACAAGGUAGUACGGCUGUCCGAGUUCUGCGCCACCUACCAAGCCGCGAUUGCACAAGUACGAGAGCUAGUCGCCGAGAUGAUGCUAGGGUGGGAGCCUACGGUCGACCUCUCCACGAUCCGCGACGACCUAACCUGCCGGCAGCCGGGCUGGUGCUUCCUCGAUAAACCGGAGAAUAACCUAGCGGGCACCUACAAGGCGAUGGCACGCCGCGCGUGGUCUUCCUCCUUCCGCGGCCAGGCCCUUGCUAAGGCAGGCCACUGGUUGCCCGGCCCGUGCCUGGCAUACCUGGGAGCGGGCGUGGAGCUUACCACGAUGGGCUUCUCCGCGUCCCACGUAACGGCGGGACUACCGGGCCGGGGCACCGAGACGACGAGUAUCCGGUUUCGAAACACAGAAUUAGCCAUCAGGAACGUCUUCAUCUGCGAGGGACGGGUUAUCGUUAUCAUUAGCUACAACAAAGCUCGCGACUCAAACAACCACGCCUUCUAUGUCGUGCGCUACCUUCCGGAUGACCUAGACUCUUCUAUAUUCCUCUAUCUAGCUUAUAUCCGGCCAUUCCUCAACUUCCUAGCGAACCAGCUCGAGCUACCGCAGUACCAUAGCAACAAGUUCCUCUUUCCGGACCCAAAGCAUGAGAAGAGGCAUCUUACCUCCAUACAGGCAACGGCGGCCCUGAGGAGCCUAACCCAGGAUCUACAGACGCCGUGGACGAUAUUGCUAUAUCGACAGGCGGCGAUUGCUAUUGCAAAGCGGCAUAUUAGUGACCUUAUAAAGAAGAGGAAUUUCUACUACCCGUUACCUAAUUUCCCUUACUAUUAG